AUGAAAAAUCGUUAUGAAGAUUUAUAUGAAACUAAAAACUAAUUACUAGGCUAAGGUGCUUUUGCUUAAGUCUUUUUAGGUGUUAAAAAAUCAAAUAAAUAAAAGGUUGCUGUCAAAAUUAGCAAUAGAAAUCUAGCUAUUUCUUAAUAAGAGAAAAUGAUUCUAAAAUAACUCUCAUAAUAUCGGCAUUAAAAUGUAGUUUAACUUUUAGAUAUUUUUGAUUAACCAGAAGCCUUAUUUAUAGUGCAAGAAUACUGUUCUGGUGGUACUUUAUAUGAAAUGAUGACAACUAAAACAUUUUCUGAAGAAUAAAUUGUUAAUAUUGCUUUUUAAGUAGCUAAUGGUAUAGCCUUUUUGCAUAGUAAAAAUAUUGUUCAUAGAGAUAUUAAACCAGAAAAUAUUCUAAGAUAAAUUGAUGAAUAAGGAAUGGAAAUUUAUAAAAUCACUGAUUUUGGAUUAAGUAGUGUCAAAUUAGAUAGAAUGACAACAACUAAAGUUGGAACUGCCUAUUAUGUAGCCCCAGAAAUUCUAGAUAAAUAAUAAUAUGAUAAAUCUGUUGAUAUUUGGGCACUUGGACUUAUUAUUGAUGAGUUACUUCAUAAAACUCCAUUCUAUAAUGGAUUAUCUGAGGAAGAAGUAUUCUUUAAGAUAAAAACUACUAAUUAUAUUAUUAGAGAUCAAUAAUAUGCACAAGCUACUAUAUUUGAUCAUAAGAAAAAUGUCAUUAAAAGUUUAUUAUUAAAUUCCAUCUAAAAAGAUCCUAAAUUAAGAAAAGAUCUAAAUUGGAUUAUUUAAACACUCACUGAAUACUAUUUAUAAAGUCCAAGUAGUUUUGAAAUACAAACAAAUACUAAUAAUGAUAGAUAUGUCUUUGCAGAUAUUUCACUAGUUUCUUAAUCAACUCUUUGUGAAUAAACUCAAAAUUUUUAGUUACCUUCUUACUCAAAUGAUUCUUAAUCUUAAAUUGAAGAAUGUCCUUUUCAUCAUUAACCUAUUCGAUAUAGAAUGCCAGGUAUUAAUGAUAAUACUGUUACUAAUGCAUGUUAAAAAUGUUUAUAAAUCUAUGGAAUCUUUGAUUAAUAAGAAUUUCAAUCAUAUUUAUCAUAAACUAACUUUGAGUUAAGUUCAUUUUCAGUAGAUUCCUAUUUUUCUUAAAAUGAAAUUAUCAUAGAAGCACUAAGUUAUUUAAAUUAAUUUAAAUUAUUUUAAGAAAAGGAAAGAUUAGUAUAAGAAUUGAGAAGCAUUGUAAUUAAACAUCAUAGAAUAUUAAGACAAGAAUAUAUAUAAUAUUAAGAAGAUGUUAAAUCUAUGAAUACAAAUGCUAAAUGGAUUAAUGAAGCGUUGAAAUUAAAUCUAACAAUUUCUCAAGAUAUGCCAAAUAAAAUAAUUCUUUAUUUAAUCUCAAAAUGUUAAGAAAGAAAAGAAAUUUCUAUUUAAGAAUGUAGAUAAUUUAUUAAAGAAUAACUUAAAUUACUCUAAUAAUAUAUUGAGUCUAUAUUAUGA